AUGCAAGCAUCGGCGCCAGCAACGAAUGCUCCCUAUGCCGGAGGGUCCCAUGUGCGCUCUUCCUCUGGCUCCGGUCGGGCGCAACGUAGUGCCAAUCCCGACAAGCAGAUCUCCCAGAUCGAGAAGAGUGUCACCCAUCUCCUCGUCGCCACGAAACAACUCCUCGAGACUCUAACACAAUGGUCCCGUGGCCAAGCACAGGAAGAGGAGGUCUCAGAUGUCUAUGUGCGAUUGGGAUACGAGUUCAACUUGGCAUGCCGUGCUUUCAACUCGAUAGGCGUCGAGACCUCCGACCUAGGUCCUGUUCCCGAUCUCCUGCGAAGUAUACUUGAGGACACUUUGAGCCAGCCAGCGUCACCUCAAGCCCUCGACAACUAUCUCCCCCGGAUACGGGAUAUCAUCAUCAACUUGCUGCAUGGCCUCAAGAGAAAGCAAAGCAGGUUACGGGGAAGGGCCACCAAGGACAACGCAGCUGCACCCCAACCACGGCCUCCAGGCGGUCAGGUACGGCAAGCUAGCGUAUCGACGACAGGAAGCAAUGAAACUGGAUUAACGCAUAUGCUGGACGAUGUCUCCAGUGCCACUUCCAGCAUGCGGGGGCCAGCUUCGCAACAGGACCCGAAUGCUUCGCCUGAACACGCCUGGAGUACCAAAUCUCCCAACAACAGACAGCCAAUCCGCCGUGAUGUCCAGUCGCAAAUUCCGCAAUCCGACACCACUUCCACCAUGUCCUCGACCACGGCGCAGAACUUACCGGUGACGGCCCCCUAUCAGGAGGUGGAACAAACUAGCCCAGCUCCUCACAUAAACUUCCCUCAUCCCCCGCCACCGCCUCCAAAGCAGGCGGAUGCUCUGACCAGGCUACAACGUGGUGGAGAUCUGGAAAGACGAGCCUCAAGGAGAUUCUCGGCUUACCAAAUCCAAAAGCACCUGGGGGCAUCUCCCAAUGGAGUGCCCGUCAUACCUACGGCUCAAAACUCACCAAUCCCAAACCGAGGGAAAGAAGCUCGAGAGUCAUUGACGGCAGUUCGCUCCCGAAGCUCUUACCAGCAAUCGAGGUCGCGGUCUGUCCGUCAAGGAGAUGUUUCGCCUAGUAGGAGUGGCACGGUCAGGGCACCACAACGUAUAUCGGAAGAGCGAGAAGAGGCCCCAGUUCUCUCGUUGGACUCAGUCCCUCAGAUGAAAGCGCCUGAAGAGCAGCCCAGCUUUGACAGCCCAACCGUCAAGACUCCGGAUGAAUAUCAUAAGCCUCCGCCGGCUCGACAAGACACCGCAAGUUCUCUAUCACUUGGUGCCACUGUCAACGGGCCUUUGGAACCUGCGCCGGAAGAACUUCAAGACACCGCCUCUAUCGAUUCCCAGCCUGCGCCACCUCCACUACCAGAGCACAGGUCAUCUUUCGAGGAAGGUCCGGUGAGUAGUGCGGAAACGGUACAGCAGGAUCCACCAGCCGAAAUCACUCCAACGCAAGCACAACAGGCACCUUUCGAGGCCUCCUCUCCCCAGAGCAAGGAAUUGACGCUGUUCCUUCAGUACAGGAGCAAGAUCAAGAAGUUUGUACUGGUGGAUGGUUAUGAAGAGCUUACAAUUCCACGACUACAACUUGCAUUCAUCGAGAAAUUUGCUUGGAAUACGCAACACGAUGGUUCGGAACUUCCGGAAAUCUACGUGCAAGAUCCAGUAUCCGGUGUGAGACAUGAACUGGAGGAUCUCACAGAUGUCAAAGACCGAAGUGUACUUGUCUUGAACGUAGAGCAGCUCGACGAGGUUAAGAAACAUAUCGAUGAAGGGCUUGGAGGACUUCAAAAAAGCCUUGACGGCGUACGGUCCUUAUUGGAGGGUCAGGGCACCCUGAUGCAGCGAUUUUCAGACCGACAAUUGGAGACUUCGAAGGAAAUGGCUCGAAUGUCUGCUGUACCGACCUCUACAUCGCGGACUCCAGUCUUGACCCCUGGCUCUUUUCCCCCGCCACCGGGAGCAUCGGCCUCUACGAUCCAGGAAAUUCAGAACCUACGAAGGGAAAUUGCUGUGCUUCGACAGACAUACUCGACCAUGUCAUCGGAUUUUACUGCGGCCAUGAAUGACAUCAAGUCAAAAGCUGCCAAUGUCAAGUCAGCGGCGGCCGAAGCGGCGAAUUCUUCCUACAAAGGGGAUGCCGGACGAGCUCACAUCAACCAAGGGAAGAAGACAUUAUCCGAUGACUCGGAGGCUCUCGUCAACCGUGUUGAUGACUUGUCCGAUCUUGUAGAAGAACUUCGUAAGGACGUGGUGACGAGAGGAGUCCGACCUCUACCACGUCAACUUGAAGAUAUUAGCAAGGAGAUCAGCGCUGCUGCCAAACAAUUAACCAAGGUCAAGGAUUUUGUGAAACGAGAGAAGCCUAUCUGGACCAAGAUAUGGGAACAAGAGUUGCAGGUGGUGAUGACAGAGAGAGACGAUCUCACUCAGCAAGACGAGUUGAUGAAUGACCUUGACGGCGAUCUUGAAGAUAUUACGAAUGUAUUCAAACUUGUGGAGGAAGCUACCAAGCAACAGAAUCUCCAGAACACGGCUGCACCUGGCCGCCAGCCAUCAAGAAAUCUGGCUUUUGAUACAGAUAUUGAUCCGCACGAGGCGAAGAACGGCAUGCUGGAUGAAGUUCGAGCCCUUCAGCCUAAUCAUGAAAGUCGACUUGAAGCAAUCGAACGUGCUGAAAAGGUCCGACAGCGUGAGCUUGAGAGCCGCAAAGUCGGUGAAUUCCAGCGCGAGGUUGAGAAGUUCGUGGAAGAAGGAAAGCUGAAAAAGACCGGCGGUAUGGACGAAGUUGAGAGAAGGAGGAAGUUGAAAGAUGAGCUCGCUCGUAGGGAGAACUGGGAACGUCAACAAGCAAGAGCAGCGGAACUCGAGAAGAAGAGAGCCGAGGCAGCGGCGGCGAUGGCGGUGGCUGCCGCUGUUGCCGAAACAAAUGCCACCACCGUCCAAGAAUCGGAAAAUGACACCUCCCAAGAGGGCGAAGCAGCGUUUCAGGAUGCCAAGGAAGAAAGCGUACUUUCGCCCGGGGGCGGAACAUCACCUGUUGUACCACCGGUCGUUCCCGCCAAGGAUGGGACUGAGAGCAGUGAAGGUCCGGCACCACAAUUACCUGAAGUCGGGAGCGACGGUGACAAGGGAUUAGAUUCCAGCCAAGCAGUGCCGGAGCCUGUUUCUUCCGAUGCCAACAACAACGACGACAACAUCAAUAACGAAGAAGGUGCAAGUGGAAAGGACGCGGACGCAGAGACCCCGAAGGUCAAGGGAGACGACAAGAAGGCUCACCGGGGCAGUUGGUGGCAGCCUGCGAUAUUCUCGACUUAG